AGAGGCUGUAUUGAGCGGGCUUGUGAAAUCACAUGGGCAGGCACGACACCGGCAAGAGAGAUGACUGGGACGUUGCGUCAUAGCAUGUGAACAAUUCUAUUGGCCGAGAAUCACCAGAAGGCGGGGUUUAUCAGCGUUCCGACGUCAGAGUUUGUUUUGAGCAUGCGUUGAAAUACCACAGUGCCCCGUGUGCUGUGUGUAUGUCCGUGUGUUGCUAUAUAUUAGGGAAACAUCGCUCCUCUCGUCUCCUGCUCAUCAUAUAACCCAGUCUAGUCAGAAGACUCUGUCCUGCCGAAGGUGUUUUCACAGAGAAAGCCGCUGUUUCUGUAUUUGCCCUCGGUAGUGGUCAAGUAGGACACUCAGUGCUGCUAAAGGUACCAACGACAGAACACAAGGGGAAAUUACAGAAGAGGAAAACGAUUUGUUUCAUCCCAGAAAGAAGAAAAAGUUACACUGGGUUGGAACUUCGUGAAGCUGCUUGGACUCUCAUUCUGACGGCACCCAUUCAUUGCAGAGGAUCCACUGGUGUGAAAGUAAUGUAAUGCUAAAGUUCAAUGAGGAUAUGAACUCAUAGACAUCUUAGAUGGACUGAGAAUGACCUGGCUGACCAGUCAGAGGAGCAUGAGAGUGUGCUGACAGCCAGAGCAGCAGUGUUUCUACCGGAGCGUGAGAGUGAGUGGAGGAGAGGAACAGAGACCGAGGGAGAGGAGGAGGAGGAGGAGGAGGCAGAGGAGCAGAAGGGAGGAAUGGGUGUUGGUAAAAACACCGCCCCCAAAUCCAUGGACUCCGCCACAGAGCCUGGCAAAUAUGAGGAGGAGAACAAACACAGUGCACACUUCUACCCCAUCCCAGUGGUUAAUGGUGUCAUGCAGACCCCCGGAGAUCAGGACGCAGAGGACACGCAACUCAUGGCCAUUUAUGCAAAAGACAGCCAGACUGAGGACAAAUGCUCCAUAUCAGAGACUGUGGACAGUACAGACAGCAUAGAUGCCAGGAGAAUGGACAUGAUCUACACCAUAGAGGACACGCCGCCUUGGUACCUGUGUGUGUUCCUAGGUUUACAGCACUAUCUUACCUGCUUCAGUGGAACUAUUGCAGUGCCCUUCCUGCUUGCUGAAGCCAUGUGUGUGGGAUUUGACCAAUGGGCAACCAGUCAGCUGAUUGGCACCAUUUUCUUUUGUGUGGGCAUCACCACCCUGCUGCAGACCACCCUUGGCUGCCGGCUUCCACUGUUCCAGGCUAGUGCUUUUGCUUUUCUCGCCCCUGCAAGAGCCAUCCUUUCACUGGAUAAGUGGAAAUGUAACGCAACAGCUUUUCCUUUUUUAAAUGCCACAGAGCUGCCACACACAGAAGACAUCUGGUACCCCAGGAUACGAGAGAUCCAGGGAGCUAUAAUAGUCUCGUCUGUAAUUGAGGUGAUCAUAGGGGCCUUGGGUUUGCCAGGUGUCCUGUUGAAAUACAUCGGCCCGCUCACCAUUACCCCUACUGUCACUCUCAUUGGGCUCUCGGGCUUCCAGGCGGCUGGAGAGAGGGCAGGCAAACACUGGGGCAUCGCCAUUCUAACCAUAUUCCUGGUGCUGCUGUUCUCUCAGUAUGCACGUAACAUCCAGUUGCCGCUCCCCAUCUACAAAUCCAAAAAAGGUUGGACGUCUUACCGCCUGCAGCUGUUCAAGAUGUUCCCAAUCAUCAUGGCGAUCCUUGUGUCAUGGUUUCUGUGUUUCAUCUUCACGGUGACUGACGUGUUUCCUCCUGAGAAGGACAAAUAUGGGUUCUACGCCCGAACAGACGCCCGACAGGGCAUCCUGGCAGUCGCUCCCUGGUUUAAGAUACCCUACCCCUUCCAGUGGGGGUGGCCCACAGUGACCGCAGCAGGGGUGAUUGGAAUGAUGAGUGCUGUGGUGGCCAGUAUUAUAGAGUCCAUAGGAGACUAUUACGCCUGUGCCCGUCUCUCCUGUGCCCCGCCUCCACCUGUACAUGCUAUUAACAGAGGGAUCUUCAUGGAGGGUCUUUCCUGUGUUCUCGAUGGCGUCUUUGGGACAGGAAAUGGCUCCACAUCUUCUAGCCCAAAUAUUGGAGUGCUGGGCAUCACCAAAGUGGGCAGCAGGCGGGUAAUUCAGUAUGGGGCAGCACUGAUGCUACUACUAGGAAUGGUGGGUAAAUUCAGCGCUCUCUUCGCAUCAUUGCCAGACCCAGUUCUGGGGGCGCUGUUCUGCACGCUCUUCGGCAUGAUCACUGCUGUUGGCCUUUCCAACCUGCAAUUUGUGGAUCUCAACUCGUCCCGCAAUCUGUUUGUCCUUGGCUUCUCCAUCUUCUUUGGCCUGGUCCUACCCAGCUACCUCAAAGAAAACCCUCUAGUCACUGGUAUAGUGCAGAUAGAUCAAGUGCUGAACGUUCUGCUCACGACUGCCAUGUUUGUAGGAGGUUCAGUGGCGUUUGUGCUGGAUAAUACUAUUCCUGGCACCCCGGAGGAAAGGGGCAUCCGUAAGAUGAAUCGCGGAAACAGCGCAUCUAAACGGGACAGAAUGGAGUCUUACGACCUUCCGUUUGGUAUGGACUUCCUGCGGCGCCAUCGCAUUUUCCAGUACCUCCCAAUCAGCCCCACUUUUGCUGGCUACCAAUGGAGCGUCCUCACCCAUGGCUGCCAUAACAGAAGAGAGGACGACACGCCAACAAAGCCAGAAGUGGGAGAAAGUGGGGUAUAGUGUUUAGCACCAGUAUGCUUUCAGAUGGUAGUUGCAACGCUCCAUUCCACCCAGACAGUGAAAUCCACCGUCCGGUCCCUUAACAAAAAGCUAGCUAUAAACUCCUUUCAUCCUACAAUCCUUUUGAUUGAGUUUGUCAUCAACACUAAAGUUGGUUCCUAGCUGCUAACACAGCUGAUCCGAAGGCAUCAUCAUGACAACAGCGUGUGGAUGCAAUGCAGGUUGUACUCGUUCAUCUCUCUCAGUGUGGGAGAAAGUAAAAACAGAGACUGAAAGCAGGAAAAAUCCCUUUCCGAAUUUCCAACAUCAGUGUUCCUUUUUUUGGCCUGCACUGCUCCGUCUGCAUCUGUGUGUAGAUAACUGGAUGUGUUAGAAUUGAAGUGACGUCACUAUCACUCACAUUCACAAGAAACACAAACAUGCUCAAUCUCGCUUUAUGCAUGGCGCAGUUCCGGAUCCCGUCAAAGCGAGAGGAUUGUUAAAAGUGAUGCAAGGUUAAUGUGCUUUAUGUCCGAAUUGCACUGCUUGAAUUAGCGCACAAGAUGUAGUUUGCUUGUUCCUAAUUUAUCUUCCAAUGUCCGGGUCUAGCUUCCAAAUUUGUAAGUACUUCAGUUAAAAUGAAAAAUGUGAGUCCCAAUGCCUUAAAUGCAAUUAAAAUGAUUCCGUCAUACAAAUUCAUGUUUUAGUCAUCUCGAUUACGGUAUGUCGUUAGUUAGCUGCUAUUCUGCUGUAAGAAGCAUUUACUAAAUGACACCUUGAAAUUGUAGCGCGUUUUGAAGGCGGAUAGCCAUGCAGUAGGUUAAAAUUACUAGAAAAACGAAUGUAUAGCAGUGCAUGGUUUGCAAAAGAAGGAAGACUGGAACGGAAAAACUUGAUAAUGGUUGCACUCAGGCAGUCCCAUCGAAAGACGUAGGGAAAUGGUUUUCUUUUGGUCCGAAUCUGUUGAGCCCCCGUUUGGGCGCCACAUUUUUGGUGGCACUUCCUCACUGCUGUUCAAGUGAAUGUGGUUAAUCAUGUAGAUUCCCAAAAGCACUGCGGAUUUAUUUUUGGACACAGAGAGGUUGGGCGGCAUUUAGUGGGCAUUUAUUGACCGGCUCUCCAACUGUACAAAUCCUCUAUUAUACUGCAUUAUCACAAAUCAAUUACUAAUCAUUAGUAUUUGCUUGGAACUAUUAGUUCACAUUUCUCAUUUUUUGUUUACAGACAUUCUAUAAUCUGUACAGUAACAGCAUGUUCAACACACAAGUAUUUUUAAAUGUACACUUAUCAGUUUGUGUUGCAGCAUUGAAACCAAUUUCUGACCAUGUCAUGGAAAGGAGACUUCAUUGGCCUUCCUGAUUUAAUAAUGUGUGGUUAUGCUUUCACUUCUAUGAUUAUCUCCCUUAGAGCUCUAUCUGAUGGUUGUAUCUUUGAAUUUCGUACUGUAUCCACUUCAGAUUCAGUUUCUUUUGUUGACUUGUAAUUUAUUUAUUUAUAUGUACUACGUCUACUAUCUUUGUGCAAAUCCUUUGCUGCCUGUGAGCAGGAGAUGGGAGAUGCAGCUCUGCACUCUAAGGUUUGAUUUGAUAUGCUGUCAGCAUGGUGCAAAGAGAAAUUUCAGUUUUAUAUUACCACAGUCUCGAUAUUUACAACAUAACUGGUGCUUCCUCUGCGAGUCAUUCCAACUAACAUGUUUGAGAGGUUUCUCUCUCUUUCUAGUUGACCUGUAAUACAGCCUGAUGUUGGUUUCUUUACGUUUUUAACAGAAAACCCUAAUUAUGCAAGGACCAUUUCACUUGGUAACACAAUGUUACAACUGUUACUUUUGUUUUCAGCCUUAUUUACACAUUUUCAAAACGUUCUGUGCAUUAUGGCAGGAAAGAACACAUCGCUAAUGUGUUUGAGAAUGUUGAGGUGACCGUAUUUGGGACCUAAAAGCCAGAUCUGAGUGCUGUAUGCUGUCAUUUCUUUAAUGUUUAGUGAACACUUGGAACAGAGUGCUGCAGUAAUCGAGUAGAAUAAGAUCUACAGUUCAAAACGUAUGUUGUAAAGAAUCCAUUACUGUCGCACUUUUUGUUCCUAAAAUAAUCCUAUUAUAAAACAUUGAGCACUCUGAAGUGUGGGAUUAUGAUUGUCUGUGAACCCAAAGUAAAUGCAUCUGAGAAAGAGGGUGAAGUUUGCCUCUAAAUCCCAGCCCUGGUGUCAGUCCUCAUCUCCUAAACUUGUAUCCUUAAAUAGAUUAUUGAAAUGUUAUUCGAUUCAGAAUGACAUCUUAUGAAGACCUUUCACAUCCUGUGGUGUUUAUUUGUCUUGUCAAUCAUUUCAGUCAUUUAUAUGGCAGUGACAUGAAUAAAUAUCCGUCAAAAUAUAUAGCAAAUGGUGAUUUCAAAAGGAUUUUUAACCCGUGUCUUUGGUAAUUAAUACUUCAACAUGUAUUGAUGCUAAUAUAUGGUUUUUACUAUAAGAACGUUUUAGAAACACACACUGUUGUGCUAAAUCUCAGUAUCCACUGAGAUUUAAAGGUUGUGAUUGGUCUUAAUAACAUGGUGGCAUGUGAUUCAAAGAAAAACAACCCUUCAGUUAUUUUGAAGGGGGUAUAUCUGAAGAAUAUACUUAGUUUCUCUGAAUUUGUAAUAUGUUUUUAUUGGGUUUUUUUGUACAUCAUUUUAUGUUUUUACAGACAAAAAAAGAUGUUUGGAAAAAAUGCUUAUCUUAAAUCAUGCUGCAAAGCGCACCAAUUUGUUACAUUUUUAUUUAAGAGUGAAACAUUCUCUUUUUUUUUUUUUAUCUGUAGUUUGAUUGAAUAUAUUUGUUAACUUGGAUGUUUUCAUAUUGUAUUUUUCUAACAUUACUUCCUGUUCAUGUUAAAAGUAGUAAAAUUUAGAAAGUGCAAUGCAUUGAGACUAUUAUAAAUAUAUGAAUAUCUAAAUAUAUAUAUUGAGUGCAGAAUGUGCUAUAUUCUUGGACCAGCCAUUUCAGCUCCUGUUAGUAGAAACAGCAGAAAUUGUUUUAUUCCAUGUUCCUAAAGACAUUUAAUAAGAUGUUUCUGAGCAAACAAUAAUGUCUCUUGUCUCUUUGUUUGUGUGUGCCUCAAGGUUCCCUGCAACAAAAGUCUUAUUACGUUUUAUUAAGUAUUAAUAUUGUUUUUUAACAUUUUAUAAAUUAUUAUUAUAAUGAUGAUCAUGCUGACAUAUCAGUUUACAUUAAGUUGUCUAUUCCUGCAUCCUUGACUGUUAUCAGGAUCAGACAGUUA